AUGAAUAUCCACACGGGCACGAAGCCCUAUGUCUGUAAAUAUUGUGGCAAAGGAUUCGCCCAGUUGAGCACAAAGACUGGACAUGAAAUGACCCACAAGAACCCAAACAAGAAGUCACUGGACAAAGACUCCGAAGAACAGAGAACCAAGAACAUGUUAGAGUCCUUCGACUGUGAUGAAUGUCUAAUGAGCUUCAUCAGCCUGGAACUUCUAAAUGGCCACAUGAAAACCCAUGCCACCAUUCCCAAAAAGAUCCCAGACAGCAAAUGCAUAAAGCCUUACUCUUGUGGAAUAUGUGGAAUGACAUUCCUGUCUGUGAGUGGACUCAGAAAGCACAGAAUCAAGAAACACCCAGAACAUGUUGGCGUUGGAAAGGGGAGAUACUCAUCUCUUGGAAAGAACCUGAACUCCAAUGAAAGGACUAAUGCUGAUAUCACAAGCUCUGCAGUGAAGAAAGGGUCAAUUACAGGAUCUGUCAGGAACCCAAAGAAAGAUAGAAUCAAGAAACACCCAGACCACGUCGCCAUUGGAAAGAAACCAACCAGAGAACAGAAUACCGACAACGUGGGACAAUCUUUUGACUGUGACCAGUGUCUGAUUAGCUUUGCCAGCUGGGAACUGUUUACUCUCCACACACUGAAAACCCAUCCAACCAUUCCCAAAGAGACCCCAUCAUUAGAUUCGGAAAAAGCAAAGGAUCCAAAGAAAUCCAAACAAAAGUCAGACUCCGAGAAGUAUCCACGAACAUCUAAGCAAAGGUCUGACUCAAAAAAUUAUCAACUGAAAUCCAAGAAAAGAUUAGACCAAAGGAAGGAUUUAUUGACAUCCAAGCAAAGGUCUGACUCAAAUAAGGAUCUACCCACAUCACAGCGAAGGUUAAACCCAGAAAAGGAGUUACCAACAUCCGAACAAAGAUUACACCCAAGGAAGAAUCCAGUGAUGUUCAAGCAGAGAUCUGACCAAAAAUUGGAUUUAUCAAAGUCCAAGCAAGGGUCAACUGAUUGUAAGGCUGAGCAUAACACUGGUAUGAAGAAGUGUAUGGUCUGUGGAAAAUGUAUGUUAAAUGAUUUUAAUAGACACAUGAAGAUUCACGGUGAGAGGAAGUAUGUUUGUAGAGUCUGUGGUAUGAGAUUCCACAUGGCCUGCAACCUCAAGCGCCACAUGCGUCUGCACACAGGGGAGAUGCCGUUCAGGUGUAAGAUUUCUGGAGAAAGAUUCAUGAAAGCAGAAGCUCUGAAAAAGCACAAAGCAAGGCAUGAAGGCAGUGAGUUGAAGAAGAAGUUUGAGUGUCCAACCUGUGGAAAGAAGUUUAUAGACAAUUAUCACUUAAGGCAACAUAGCAAGGUCCACAUGAGAUGGCCAAAAAUAUGUGACAGUGAAGGGACAUAG